ACCGAAUGUCCAUUUAUUAGUUUUAUCACUGUUGAAUUGUGUUGUUCAGUGAAUGGGAACUUAAAUGUUCAUGCAAAUUGCAGUCCUAAAACAUCAUAGCAGAAUGUCUUUAUGCAUAACAGUCCAAUCCAUCCUUAUAAAUCUCCAGGUGCUCAUUAACUUCAUAGAUCAUUUGGAUGUUCAUGUGGAACCAUCAGCUGCACAGGUUCUCAAUUCACAGGUAGAGCAUUUAAAUGAAUCAGGAAGAUCCGAAAAGAGAAAGGGACAGGGGAGAAAAAGGGAUAAUUAAGGACUUUUUAUUGUUGUUUAUUAUAGAUCAGUUUUAUCUUUUUAUAUCCUCAGUGCACAACCACUUGUACUGGUUGUAUAUACAAAAAGAUGCACAGAAUAAAAUUUCAUCACGCCUUUGAUUCAAAAAGUCAAAAUGCAAGACCACUUUCUUGCAAAUAGAUCCAAAACAUAGAAAAAAGUAAAUAAAUCAACAUUUUUGUGUUUCUUUUUUUUAAUCAUGCAUCCUGCUUACUAAAGAUAAUGUCUGAUCUCAGAAAGAUUUGUGCCGCAUUCCUGUCGAUUUCACGCACAAUUUACAUUUCAGAUUCCAAGCGUCCAUCAAAUCCAAAUACAGCAGUUGGUAAUAAGGGUUACUCUUAACCUCGUGCACAAAAAGUGCAGAAAAAAACGCACACACUGACACACACCUGGACACAUCUGGUCACCGAGCGUGUAAGAAACGCGGCGGACAGGUAUGGACCACGUGGUUACUUAGCAACAAGAGGAAAAGUCUGGGUUGCUAAGAAACAGCCGCCUUACUACAGCACGUCCAGAGACGCAGCAUGCUCACAUGUUCGGUAGUAAAGAAAACAAAUAAAUAAACAAACAAUAUCCUGUGAGAAAUCUUGAGAUUGAGUCUUUAAAAAAAAAAACUGCUCAGGUUUUUUGCAUGGAAACAGUUUUGUAUUUUUUUUGUCCUGAAAAAAAAAUGACUAAUAAAUUUUAGAGCAAAAGCAUGCGCAAAAGCAUGUGCACGUUAUAAUCAAGUGAAUGCGUGAAAUGAAGCUUGGAAGCACGUGCGUAUUUAUUUCCCCUCGCGCCUGCGUCUAAGGCUGCGCUCGCGCUCUUAACAACAGCAAUAUAUCUUAUUAUUUCGAGCCCGUGUCACACCGGAGGCGGAGAGCAUCUACACAAGGAGGGAGGGAGAACCCGGAGAGCGCUUUCUGACCGACCGAUCGACAUGCAUCUUUUUUUUUCUUCUUUUUUUUCCCUUUGCAAAUCAGUCUGCGUAUAAGAGCGCGCGCUCCGGGGCUCUCUGUGUGAGCUGCAAGAUCGCGCGCGCUGCUUCUGCUGCUUCUGUUGCGUCCAUCCUUGCAGGAGCACCGGGACCUGUUGUUUCUUCAUUUAUUGAUUGAUCGAUUGAUUUGUGUGUGUGUAUGUGGGGAGGUGGGAGGUGGGGGUUUGGGUUUGCACCUCCAGAAACAGGAGGAUGUCCCUUCCGGAGCGUUACUGCUGCUGCUGCUGCUGCUGAUGGAGGCACCUGGCAUGCCUACGCAUCGGACGAGUCGGGAGCCAAAAGUCGUGAAAAGUCGGUCGGUUGGUUUGUUCUCUGUGGCGCAGAAUCCAGCUUCCCACCUGGCAUCGAGGGAAAGGUUUGUGAGGGUCUCAGGUUUAGUCGUCAUAUGAAUGGGGCUGUGCUGUGCCCAGCUCAGCUCCCUGUGCCCUGGUCAGGACUAUGCAGGGCCCUGGUACCCUCCUGAAUGCAUUGGCCAGCAGUUUGCGAGAGCAGGGAGGGCGGUGGGGCCCACCGAGGCCGAGGUGGACGCAGUGCUAUGCCCCCUCCGUUUCGGAUAGCGGUGCUUGGAGCACAGGGUGUGGGCAAGACAGCCAUUGUGCAGCGCUUCCUCUACGAUGACUACAGUGACGCGGCCUCGUCAAGCCGCACACGCCGGGUGCAUCUGUCUGCCGCUGUGCUCAACGGCCAUGUGCACGACCUGCAGAUCACUGACUACCCGGCCAUUAGCAACUUCCCUGGCAGCUCCCUUCAGGAGUGGUCAGACGUUUGUUGCCGAGGCAUACGCAGUGCGCAUGUCUAUAUCCUGGUUUACGACAUCUGCUGCUUCGACAGCUUCGAGUACGUCAAGACGAUGCGCCAGCAGAUCCUGGAGACCAGAGUAAUGGGCGCGACCGAAACCCCAAUCCUGAUUGUAGGCAACAAGCGUGAUCUUCAGCGAGGCCGGGUCAUCCCACGCCACAACGUCUCGGACUUGGUGCGCAAGAGCUGGAAAUGUGGCUAUGUGGAGUGCUCGGCCAAGUUCAACUGGCACGUUUUGCUGCUGUUUGGGGAGGCUCUGCGGAGUGUUGGCUGCGCCCGCUGCAAACACUUGCACGCCACCGUACGCUUUCAGAGAGCGCUGCGGAGAGAGCGAUGCGCCCUCAUGUGAGGUGCGAGCUUGUCAAGGUGCCUCAAAUGUUUCAAAAAAGAAACCCAGUUACAACUGUGAUAAUGAGCUCGGGUUGCCUCCUAGCCAAGGAAUCCUGUCGUGGCUGUUUCGCUGAGGAGAAAUUUGUCCUCUGUUCACACAAACUGCGUUCUAAUGCCAAGAGGAAUCCACAGAUGUCGCUUGUCCAGGAAAAAGGCCGUUUGAAACGUUUCGACGGUGACUGAUGCCUCAAAAAAAAAAUAAUAAUCAGCUUUAAUAUCACGUUGCUCAAAUGCAAAUAAUGCGUUUAUGCUGGGGACUGCUUUGAGAAGCCCAUUUCUGCUUUUUAACUCGGGCGUACACUGAUGAAUCUUCCAGUUCUUUUCAACAAAAAUGCGUCUUUCGCUUUCUCUCUCAUCAUGGCUCAUCGUGUGGUACGGGUGAAUAAAACAAGAGCACAAAAAUAAAUAAAUAAUUAUGUGUAUGCCCAGUGGAUACUUCCAUGUUUUGACGUACCUGUUUAGCUCGUUCGGGUGCAAUUCAGAAGUAUCAUGUUGUACGACAAGGCAUGAAAUAUCUCCUAAUUUCACUCACAAACGAAGUGUUAAAGCAUGAAACGGGUCAGCAAAUUCUGUGAUAUUCCUCACCGAGACCUAAGCAAACAAGGGGAUUUUAAAUGUUAUUCUUCUUUAAUAUAAAUUUCAACUUGACCUCAAUUUUUCAUUUGAAGGCACAGCGCAAUAUUGCCGAAAAAUACGUCCCACCCUGAAGUUUGCUAUUACGCCCCUGUGACACCUUUGAUAAUAGUUUUAAAAAAAAAGGCUUUUAUACAAUAUUCUGUAUUUGAAUUCUGUAUCUAACUCAAACAGUGCCCCAGCAAACUGAAACUUGAAUUUCAGAAAAUGGAUUUUAUUUGAAGAAACCUUUUUUUUUUUUUAAAGUAAAGACGGUUUAUAUGCAUAUACAUUUUUAUUUUCACAAUAUUGACUCACUGCUGACAGUAAAUACAUUUUCUCUCACAAAGGGUCAAAUUUCAAGAUGCAUAUGUAUGGGCUAUAAUUUAAAAAAAAAAGGGUACUUAACUGUUUCUUUCUCUGUCACUGAGGAUGUAUGCUUAUGCUACAUCAGUAUCUUUUACCUCUUAAUAUGUAUGAUUCAAUUGAAAAUGUGGAUAGAGUGUGACAGAGUACAAAGUUGGACCCAAAAAAUUAUCUUUCAGACUUUUCCAGCUAUAUGUGGUCCUUCUUCAACACGAGGCGGCACACAAUUGUAGAGGAUCAUUGGAUGAGGGAACAUUACAUUUUCCAAUGAACUGGGAGCGCCAUAAAGAUAUGGUUUACAUAGUAAUAGUAAAAGAUUUUAAGUGGCUUGACCUCAACCAUUUAUAAUCUCAACCAUAUAUAAUCACCUACACCUGUACCUGAUUUUACACAUACCCUUAUAUCUGAAUAAGCAAAAAUCUCCACAAGCACACUCCAAAAUCUAAUAGAACAUCUUCCCAGAAGAGUGGAGGUUAUUAUAACAGCAAAUGUAGAAUGGGAUGCUCAAAAAGCACGUAUGAAUCUUGUGGUCAGGUGUCCAAAAACAUUAAGCCACAUACGUAUGUGCAUUUGUAUUUAAAAAAAAAGUAAAUACAAUAUAAAAGAUACAAAAGUGCAGAGAUUGUAUGGUUCAGUAUCCUUUUAUCUGAGUUGCAAAUGUCAACCUGGUUUUAUAUUUAAAAAGUAUUUUUAAUCAAGAAUCCCUAUUGAGAGGAUCAUUGAUCAUGCAUUACGCUUUGAAAAUCACCCCUGAUAAUCAUUUUAUUUUAAAUCUCCAUAACAAUAAAGGUAUCAGAUAUUGUAUAAAAUUAAAAUCGAAUUGUUUCAUAAACAGCUGAAAGUCAGGAUGUACUUGUUGCACUAAAAUUGAUAAUAAAUCAUCUUGCUGGUA